AUGGAUGAUGAAUCCUCUCAAAGGACCCAGGGAGGAAGGACAAUCAAGCCUACUCAAAGAGCCCAAGAAAUGCAAUGGACUACGGUAGGUGGGUGUGGUUACACUGCUAUCUUGUUCAGCCUCAUUGGGUUUCACGUAUGUAUAAUGGGAUGUCAUUUUACUAGAAGCAUAAUGGGAGAUCCGCAACCACAAGGAAAGAAAAAAGGACCAUAUGAAACGUGGAAUGCACGAGAAACAAAAAUGUUGAUCAGACUCCUCACAGAGGGUAUCAACCAAGGUUGGCGUGAUACAAGUGGUUGUAUAAGCAAGAUGACAGUGGAGAAAAAGAUUCUGCCUGCUUUGAAUUCUGCACUUCAGUGUGAGAAAACUUAUAACAACUAUCAAAGUAAAUGGAAGAAUUUGAAAAAUCGCUAUAAUAGCAUGCUAGAGCUGAUUCGGUUUAGUUCUGGAUUUGGGUGGGAUCCCGUAACUAAAAAGUUUACAGCUCCUAACCAUGUGUGGGAUGAUUACGAAAAGGCACAUCCAAGACAAAAAAGCAUGCGUGAUGAAACAUUUGAAGACUAUGAAGAUUUACAGCUAAUAUUUGAUGUUGGAUUAGCGACGGGAAAAAAUGCUGUUGGCUUAGGAGAUGAUACUGACGCGCAAACUUUUGGAGUUAAAGAUAAUGCACCAUGCGAAUUAUAUUCAAGUCUCUUUGGACAUUUAGAUGGAUCUCAAGCAUCAGGUUCGAGAGAUUCAAGUAUGCCACAAAGCAAGGGGGGCCAGAGAGAUAAACAAAAUCCUAAAAAAAGAGCUAAAAGUGGAGAUGGUGAAGACUCUGGUAAUUCGAAUCCAAGCAUGGAUAGUAUCCGUAUGGAAAAGGCGUUCACUGAAAUGAUUGAGGUAAGCAAUCAAGUUGUUAGCUUGAUACAACAACGAGAGGAAAGACAACAAAGAGAAGCCAGCUCCAGAGAAGCUGAGAAGAAAAAGAACAAUUUAUGGGAAGCUAUUAAAGAAAUUUCUGAUUUGGAGGAAAAUGUUCGUUAUGAUACAUUGAAUGAAAUUCUAAAGUCGGGGAUGAAAGAAGUGUUCAUCAGCAUGUCUAUCGAAGAACGUUUGUGUUGGAUAAGACGCAAUGUGUAUUGA